GAGGAGCCCGUAGGUUUGAAAAUGAACGCCACCGUCACAGCAGACACCACCGUGGAUGAAAACAUCUACAACAGUUACUAUCAGGAUGAAAACUUCCCCGCGCCUUGCAACAAACAAGGCGUCAAGGCAUUUAAGGGGCUCGUCCUGCCUCCCCUCUACUUCUUGGUCUUUCUGUUUGGCCUGCUUGGAAACUCCGUGGUGGUUCUGGUCCUGUUCAAGUACAAGCGGCUCAGGUCCAUGACCGACGUGUACCUGCUCAACCUUGCCAUCUCGGACCUGCUCUUCGUGUUCUCCCUCCCUUUCUGGGCCUACUACUCGGCAGACCAGUGGGUUUUUGGACUAGGCCUCUGCAAGAUUAUCUCCUGGAUAUACCUGGUGGGCUUUUACAGCGGCAUAUUCUUCAUCAUGCUCAUGAGCAUAGAUAGAUACCUGGCGAUCGUGCACGCGGUGCUUUCCUUGAGAGCGAGGACCGUGACUUACGGGGUCAUCACCAGCGUGGUCACGUGGCUGGUGGCCGUCUUUGUCUCCCUCCCAGGCCUUAUAUUCAGCACUUGUUUCACAGAGGACAACCACAUCUACUGCAAAACCAAGUACUCGUUGAACUUCAGACAGUGGAAGGUUCUGAGCUCCCUGGAGAUCAACAUCCUGGGCUUGGUGAUCCCCUUGGGCAUCAUGCUGUUUUGCUACUCCAUGAUCAUCAGGACCCUGCAGCACUGUAAAAACGAGAAGAAGAGCAAGGCAGUGAAGAUGAUCCUCGCCGUGGUGGUCCUCUUCCUGGGGUUCUGGACCCCGUACAACGUAGUGCUCUUCCUGGAGACCCUGGUGGAGCUGGAGGUCCUCCAGGACUGCGCCUUUGAAAGACACCUGGACUAUGCCAUUCAGACCACAGAGGCCCUGGCUUUUGUUCACUGCUGCCUCAAUCCAGUCAUCUACUUCUUCCUGGGGGAGAAAUUUCGCAAGUACAUCAUCCACCUCUUCAAAACCUGCAAAGUCUCUUUUGUGCUCUGCCAAUACUGCAGGCUCCUCCAGAUUUACUCCCCCGACACCCCCAGCUCAUCUUACACGCAGUCCACAGUGGACCACGAGCUCCACGACGCUCUGUGAAAAACAGAAAUGCAGAAAAGCCAGA